UUGAAAUGCAAAGCACAUUCAUUCACUGCAGAGAAGCGAGCUGAGCAAGGCACUCGGCCGGGCUGUAACACUUCAGCAUUCAAGAGCGGCUGAAGCCCAGGGAAGAAAGGAGACAGACAAUUUCUGCUGCAGAUGCAGAUUUGUCAGGACGGUUUACCCCCUCGCCAUUUACAAUUCGGUUUCCGAUUGUUCACGGAUUAGUAACACAUUGAGAGCUUUUGACCGCGAAUAUCUUCCAUCCGGUUCUGCUGUGCCUGUUGUCGGUGCUCUCCAGCCGAAAGCCUCUGACACCCUGACUCUGCUCCUCUUCACAACCCACCCCAAUCCCCAUCCCUGCACCCAGCUCUCCUCAAAUUGGAACCAGUGUCCAGGAUAGGAAUCCACCGGGACAAACGAGAGAAAAGGACAGAAGCUGCAGCAACGGCAUUGAGAGGCUAUGUUCUAUCACCCUUAGAUCUGAAUGAAUCAUGAACAAUAGCUAGCACAACAAAUGCAGACCAUGGCUCCAAGGAAACGGAAUAGGCAUGUGCUGGGAUUCCUUUGCUGCUUCCAGAGCGCUGAUCACCCAGAGAUCACCUUCAAGGACAGCAGCGUGCCACUGCAGCUUCUGGAAUUCUCUGUCCCAAUCCCGCCUGCAGAUGAACUCAACGCCAGGUUUGCAGAACUCGUUGACGAGUUGGAUCUCACUGACAAGAACCGAGAUGCUAUGUUUGCACUGCCCAUGGAGAAGAAAUGGCAAAUUUACUGCAGUAAGAAGAAGGAGCAAGAUGACCCCAACAAGCAGGCCACAAGCUGGCCUGAUUACUACAUUGAUCGCAUCAACUCCAUGGCUGCAAUGCAGACGGUUUUUGCCUUCGAUGAGGAGGAAAUGGAGAUGAGAAACACAGUCGUCGAAGGACUUAAGACAGCUCUUCGGACACAACCAAUGAGGUUUGUAAUGCGAUUCAUCGAACUGGAUGGGCUUACAUGCCUGUUGAACUUCCUCCGAAGCAUGGACUACGACACGUCAGAGAGCCGCAUUCACACAUCCGUUAUAGGGUGCAUCAAGGCUCUGAUGAACAAUUCCCAAGGCCGGGCGCACGUGCUGGUUCACCCAGAGAGCAUCAACAUCAUUUCGCACAGCCUCAGGACGGAGAACAUCAAGACCAAGAUUGCCGUGCUGGAGAUCCUGGGCGCAGUUUGUCUGGUGUCUGGAGGACACAAGAAAAUACUGCAGGCAAUGUUGCACUACCAGGUUUAUGCAGCAGAGAGGACUCGCUUCCAGACGUUGCUUAAUGAGCUGGACAGAAGUACUGGAAAGUACAGGGAUGAAGUGCACCUCAAAACUGCAAUAAUGUCCUUCAUCAAUGCUGUGUUAAAUGCUGGUGCCGGAGAGGAUAAUCUGGAAUUCCGACUGCACCUCCGAUAUGAGUUUCUCAUGUUAGGAAUCCAACCCGUGAUUGAUAAAUUGCGAAACCACGAGAACGCAACAUUAGACAGGCACUUGGACUUCUUUGAGAUGGUCAGAAAUGAGGAUGAGAAUGAACUUGCAAAACGGCUUGACAUGGUGAGUGACAAUCCUGCAUCUGUAAAUUCGGGGAUCCUCGUGACAAGUCAAGUAUCAUCUGCCAUCACAGAUUUUCAAAAUAAGGUGCAUAUUGACACCAGGAGCACAAGCCAGAUGUUUGAGUUGAUUCGGAAAAAGCUGAGUCAUACGGAAGCCUACCCACAUUUGGUGUCUGUCCUCCAGCACUGCCUCCAAAUGCCCUGGAAGAGGAACGGGACUAACAGCCAGCACUGGCAGCUCCUGGACAGAAUACUGCAACAGAUAGUGCUGCAGGACGAGAAAGGGGAGGAUCCUGACGUCGCACCAUUGGAGAACUUUAAUGUGAAGAACAUCAUUCGGAUGCUGGUGAAUGAAAACGAAGUGAAACAGUGGAAGGAUCAAGCAGAAAAGUUCAGGAAAGAACACGUGGAAUUACUGGCAAGACUUGAGAAGAAGGAGAGGGAGUGUGAGACCAAAACUCAGGAGAAGGAUGACAUGAUGAAAACUCUCAAUAAGAUGAAGGACAAGCUCCAGAAAGAGUCUGCAGACUUGCGCCAAACAAGGGACCAAGUGGUGGAGCUCUCUGUCCGUCUGAACGAACUGACAAACUCAAAUACGAGCGGCCUUUCCUUCCCCCCCCUCCCUCCCCCUCCACCGCCCGGCGGGCCCCUCCCUCCCCCUCCCCCUCCCGUCCUGGGCGAGCUGCCCCCACCGCCCCCGGCCCUCCCCUACGAGUUCCUUCCCCCGCCUCCCCCACCCCUGCCCCCUGGCGGGCCCCCUCCCCCUCCCCCCGGAGCACCCCCCUUCUUCAGCUGCACCGUGCCGCCCCCCUCCUGCCCGCCGACGACGGGGAGCUCGAAGAAGAAAGCCAUCCCACAGCCAUCGCACCCGCUGAAGUCUUUCAACUGGCACAAGUUGGCAGAGGACAGGAUCAGAGGCACCGUCUGGAAUGAGAUAGAUGACCUCCGAGCCUUCAACACACUUGAUCUUGAAGAUUUCGAGAAGAUGUUCUCAGCAUACCAGAGGCAGCAGGACCUGUUCCCUAACCCUCACACUAACCUCUCAGAACAGAAAGAGCUUGGCUCCACCGAGGAUCUGUAUCUCACGAUGAGGAAGGUGAAGGAGCUAUCAGUGAUCGAUGGACGAAGGGCUCAGAACUGUGUCAUCCUGUUGUCAAAGCUAAAGUUGUCCAAUGAGGAAAUCAAGCGUGCAAUCUUACAAAUGGAUGAACAAGAGGACUUGGCCAAGGACAUGUUGGAACAGCUCCUCAAGUUUGUCCCCGAGAAGAGUGACAUCGACCUGCUGGAGGAACAUAGACAUGAGACUGACCGCAUGGCCAGGGCUGAUCGCUUCCUCUACGAGAUGAGCAGGAUCGACCAUUACCAGCAGCGCCUGCAGGCUUUGUUUUUCAAGAAGAAGUUUGCUGAGCGUCUUGCAGAAGCCAAGCCAAAGAUCGAAGUCAUCCUCUUGGCUUCCAAGGAGCUCUGUCGGAGCAAGAGACUGAAACAGCUCCUGGAGGUGGUCCUCGCCUUUGGAAACUACAUGAACAAGGGCCAGAGGGGGAAUGCUUUCGGUUUCCGAAUCGCCAGCCUCAACAAGAUUGGAGACACAAAGUCAAGCAUCGACAGGAACAUCACACUGUUGCACUAUCUGAUCAUGAUAUUUGAAAAGAGCUACCCAGAGAUCCUCACCAUUCAUUUAGAUUUACUUCAUGUGCCAGAUGCGGCCAAAGUCAACCUGGCUGAACUGGAGAAAGAAAUAAACAAUAUCAAGAAUGGUCUGAAGGCGUUGGAGGCUGAACUGGAAUAUCAGAAACGCCGGGCACGGGACAUUGAGGACAAAUUUGUUCCAGUCAUGAGUGACUUCAUUACUGUCGCUAGCUUCAGCUUUUCAGAGAUGGAGGAUCUGCUAGCCGAGGCGAAGGAUAAGUACGCCAAAAUGCUGAAGCACUUCAGUGAAGACGACGCGAAGAUGCAGCCGGAUGAAUUCUUCGGGAUAUUUGACACUUUCCUGCAGUCGUUUGCUGAGGCAAAGCAGGACCUGGAGAACAUGAGGAGAAAGAAGGAGGAAGAGGAACGUCGGGCCCGCAUGGAAACCAUGCUGAAGGAGCAGCGGGAGAAGGAGCGCCGGUUGAAGAAGGCCCGGACCAGCAGCGUCUCGGAGGAGGUCGGAGAGUUUGACGACUUGGUGUCGGCUCUGCGCUCUGGCGAGGUCUUCGACAAGGACCUGUCGAAGCUGAAGCGAAACCGCAAGCGUGUUGGCAACCAGCUGGCAGACAGCAGCAGGGAGCGGGCAGUGACGAAGCUCAAUUACUGAAGGGACUGGCUGCCACCCAUCGAGCGCACCCUUGGUGGGGUGGGGGGGUGUGGUGGGUGUGGGGGCGGAGGAAACACUCAACGCCCGGACGCUAAGUGUCAGCGUGCACAGUUAUCAGGAAUGGCAUAAUGGGAGGGAGGGAUCCCAUUACCUGACACCCACUUCCCCCCCCCCCCCAGGCUGCAACACCUCGGUGGCCCAGAGAUGGAGAGAAGAUAAAAAUGAAACCCAGGACCUUUCUUUUGCUCUCUCGCCAACCAGAAACAGAACAAAACGCCCUCAGUCUCUCUCUCUCUCUAUAGCUCUGCCUGCCAUCUCUUCACUGUGAAGAGAGUGAGGGUGAAAAUGGGGCCCAGUCUCCCAAGUGCCUGUGUAUGUUGCACUUCUGUCACCAGCCUCUGGGGCCUACCCUUCCCAAAAGCAGGGCACUCUCCACACUGGCAGCAUCCAAUGGGACACGAAAGCAGGAACACUUCAGUGGGUCCGAGACUGAGAAGAAAAGCCAUGAUGCUUUGCCGUUGCUGUCACCCUGACUUCUUUUCAGUUUUACGUUCGGCCCCACCCUCUUGUCCAAAGGCAUCAAACUAUUCACUCCCUCCAGUGGUGCCAACGGUGGUGGGACCUCACUAGCAAAUGCCAUUUCCCAGUGCGCCAAUCCAUACCUCCUGCCCUCGCCUGUUCCCUCAGCUCCCAGUUUAACCAACUUGGCGGUGUCCAAGUGUGCAUUGGAAAAUCGUGGGACUUAGUGAAGUCAAGUGAAAAUUGACUGUGAGCACAGAGGAGUAGCAUAACUGUGCCAACUGUCUGACUCCCAUCGCUUUGGACAUCAGAGAAAACAUUAUGUCAACCACAAAAAAUAAGGACAGUAUUAAAUGCAGUCUGUGACUCUCAGCACUGAUGGUCACCUGAGCACAUAUACAUGGUAACAGAAACUAGAUAACCACAGCAAAAAUAUCUGGGCCUAUAUUGUGCAAUAAGUUUUCUUUAAGCUUAUAUAGAUAUAUGUAUAAUGUUAAAGUUUUACUUUGAAAGAAGAAAGUUAGUCCUUUCAAAGAGUAGACUCGUUGCAUCCAAUGUGACUAAAAUGAGCAUGGUCAAUUCAUUCAGGCCUUUUUCUACCCAGCAUCCCUUGAGCAACUACACUUCUCUCCACACCUGCAGCCCCCUGCAUGUCCAAAUGGACCCAGCUUCUCCAGCCAUGUUCAGCUCAGGGGAAGAAAGCAUUCUUAACAAACCGCAUCAAAUGCCAGCAAGAUAAAGCUUUCCUUUUAGAAAGAAUGUUUCAACAAGACCCUGUUCAGGCCCUGAAACUCAGGCCUAAAGUGGGCUACUAAUUCCUGCUUGUUUCAAGUCUCAAGGAGGGAGAAAGAAAAACAAAAGAAGCACAUAAAUGAAACGACAGAUUUUCUUCCUUGUUUUGAGAUCCAGCACACCCUUCACAGGGCAGCGGGGAAGGAGGUACAACUUUUCUCCAGUAUCUACCACAUGAACUUUGCCAAGCCUUUAGUCCAUUCCUGUUUCCCCAAGAUGGGGAUAUAAGAGCUAUUGUCUACACUAUGUUAUUGCAGCAAGCCAAUGGCCUGUUUAGUAAAUGUAGCACUAUAUUAUA